AUGGACGAGGACGACGAGCUGUUCCUGGGAGCCCACCUCUGGGACGGGCGCUACGGGCCCGUCACCCUCGCCCUGACGCGCGAAAAGGGGGACUUUGUCACGUCGCGGGGCGACCUCGAGAGCAUCUUUGCCUACCAGAGGCCCGGCCAGACGCCGCCGCCGCCGCUGCCGCUGUUCCGCGUCUUUGUGCACGGCGCGGCGCGCAGGCGCGCGACCUGGGGGGUGGUGGAUUUCGUGCUUCCCGAGAUGCGGCAUAUUAUGAUGGUCGAUAACAAAGGGGUCGCAAAGGUGCUGCUGGUCCCGCUGCUGCACGACGUGGCGGCUGGCGAUGGUGGUGUUGAUGGGCUGCCGGGGGCGCUGAGGACGCUGCCUGAGCGGGUGGCUGCGGUGAAGAAGAUGAAGAAGGGGGAGGGUGUGGUGGACAGGAGGGAGAUGCUGCGCGGGUCAAGAUACUGGAGGAUGAGCCGAACUGGACGGAUUUCCUGCGGCGGUGCUUUACAUAAACCCCGACCAACGGCCGACGAUUACAGAGCUUCUGGACCAUCCCCUCUUCGCGCCCGGCUCGUUCCCGCCGCCGUCCUCAUCCCGUUCCUCCUCCCCCGACUCGGAAUAAAAUCGAACGAAUUCCACGCUGGGCUCGAUCGAACAAGCGCGCGGGAAGGCGCGGGCCCCGCUCACAACCCCCACAAAACAUGCCUCGGCGGGGCCGCCGCGACGUGCCAGCAGCGCAGAACGGGCGGUGGAUGA